UUGGGUCAAUAACAUCUCAGUGACAGACAGCUCAGAAACCUGGGGUCAGUUUUUGUACAAACCAAACAGAAUUAAUUUCAUCAGGAUUCAUCAAGCCAGUGCUGUAGAAAUGCAUCACUUCUUUUCCAUUGCGUUUUCACUGCUAUCCAUUUUUGGGCUGCAUGUGAGCGUUCAGUCCACAGAAAGACGUUCUGAGAGGAGCAUCAAACGAAAUUACAAUUCAUUGCUGACUGUGCCGAAUGGAAUGGAGUGGGGGUCGUGGGGGUUUAAGGACAUGUGUUCAUCUGGAAUGUAUGCUGCAGGGUUUAGUCUUAAGGUGGAACCACAUUUAUAUGGUAUUUGGGAUGAUAACACAGCACUCAAUGGGAUACGUCUUCACUGUGUCCAUAUAUCAAGCUCAUCGCGCCCACAUCGUAGCUACACCACCGUUCAGUCACAUGUAGGAAGCUGGGGUGAGUGGACAGAUAUCAAGUGGUGUCCUGCUGGAUUCUUGACAACUUUCCAGCUGAGAGUCGAAUCUUCCCAAGGAAUUGAAGAUGAUACGGCCGCAAACAACAUCAGAUUCAAAUGCAGUGAAGGUUCUCUUCUGGUGGGUGACGGUACAUCCUGGGGCAAGUUUGGAGACUGGAGUCGAAUGUGUGAGGGAAGAGGAAUAUGCGGUAUCAAGACACGGGUAGAAGAGUCACAGGGAAUAGGAGAUGACACCGCUCUCAAUGAUGUGCAAAUGUACUGCUGUGAUUAAGGUGUAAGAGGAUGACCACAAGAACAGCGAGAAGAUCAAAUGGAUCAAAAUAAUUGAUCAUCAUACUAUGAUGAGCUAACAUGUACUGUGUCGUACAACAGUUUUUUAAUUGGGAUAAUGUGCACAUCAUUCCACUUAUUACACAGCUACUUACCAAAAAAUAAAUUUUGAGUUGAAAUUUUUAUUCUUUCUUGUAGAUUAGUGAUGUUUUAAUUUUCCUGUUGUAGAUGGAGACUCCUGAUCUGGCACCUAUUCCAUUAAAGAAGCACCUUGUCAUUUCAUGUUCUUUAGCACAACACAAUGUUUCACUACGUUAGUGCAUUUUGUAGAUGCUUUUAUACAAGUGACUUACAUUGCAUUCAAAGUAAUGUCUUAUCAGAAUCAAAAAUCCAUGAAAUGCAUACUCUACUGUUUGAGCUCCAGGUAUACAGGAAUACUACAGUAGUCAACAUUUGAAGUGGAUCAAAACCUUUCAUCAAAGUUGUCCUAAAACCUUCUUCUUAGGACAACUUAGUUCUUAGGACAACUUUUAUUAACUUUUUUGAUCCACUUCAAAUGUUGACUACUAUAUAUUAAACUGUACAACUGUCAACCCAGUUACCUUACUUUAAAAUCUCACAAAAAUGUUCAUCAUGACAGGACACAGAUGCAAAAAUGUAAAUAUACGGUUGAGCAGGACAUCUGUGUCUAGAAAUAAGCAUCAUCUUUGAAGGACAGAAAUAUGUUCCUAUAUUAGAAUUUUCCUUUCCUCACUAACCUGAUUGAAAUCAUUAACAUUUAAAUGCACAUUUGCUUCUCAUUCAUUUGUUCGUCAUGUCAUUUCUCCACAUAUGUUUGGACAUAUCUGACUAAUCAAAGAAUGAAUAAAUGCUUUGUGAAAAAUA